UCCGCGAGACGACCGAAGGAGAGAUCGAUAAAAUUGAUCAAUAUAAACCUUCGCGCUAAUCAAAUGGGGCAAAACAUCGCCCACAUAGUCCUGAUUCCCGCAACAAUGGCCGCCAUCGGUGGCCACAAAAAUCUUGGCGCCAUUUGUGUCCACUUUUGCGCGACUAAACGCCGCCAACGCCUCCAUAAUACCGGCCCUGAUAUCUGUGAGACCACCGCCAGUGGUCGGUACGGCUGCCACCAGUGCAGUGUCUCGCACUUCGCACCGGCCAUACUGCCCGACACGUCCAACACAAACACUGCCCUCUCAGACAUUGUUUAUGAUUUGAUGUACAAAUACAAUAAAUACCAAGCGAUCGUAUCAGUUGUUGGACCGCAUUUCGAGGGAAACACUUUCACUGCUAAUCUCAUAUUAAAUUACCUCGAGAAACAGAAUAAUGAUCUGGAUAAAUGGCCGUCUGACGUAACACUAACCCCCAAUCAUGGGUUCAAAAAUAUCGAGAUUGAUCCUGAUGAAAAUGGUCAAAAAGGGCUAAAGUGUCCGGGCAUUGAAAUAUGGUCCGAGCCAUUGAUUGUAGACCGUAAUAAUAGGCGUGUGGCCCAAUACCCCGAUGUGUCCGGUGAAAAAUAUGUGAUCCAGGUCAAAUUGUACGAACAAUUUCUCAACACAUUAAGCCAAUGGGAAUGCAGUAAUUAUGAAGAAAUGGAGGCCAACUUCAAGUUAAUUACCGAGAAAGCAGACAAUUAUCAGACACUUGGCCGAGACUUUAAUAAAAAGGGCUCGUAUUUAGUCGCCUGUCCCACAUAUAAAGUCAAAAACACUAACUGGAAAGUUGGGGAACUUUGCCCGGAAUAUGUGAACCAAAUGAAAACAUUCAUACAAUUAGACGCUCUCGACACUCUCGCUCUUGAUCACAAUAUGAAGGGCAUUACGUUUACAAAUACGGAUCAACUAUUGAAAAUGAUCGAGACACAAAUUAUAAUGUUUAAUAACCUUAAUAUAAACCGUCCGGUUUUGGAGUCUAGUUUGGACAACAUUGAUGACACCGAUAGUAAUACACCUGAUAAACCAUCUAGUGAUCAAGCGCAAUCCACCUCAAACUCAAACCAUAAUGGUCAUAGCAACGGCCCGCAAACUGAACCAGGUGACUUACCUGAACAACCUCUUCCCAUUGAAGUAUAUCAGCAAAAAUCAGCGCAAAUUAUCAGCCAGUUAUCGGACGAACCCAUGCCAGACAGUCCGCCACCCGAUGUCGGCCGCGCAGAUGACCCCGAUGAAAGUAGCAGUGAAAAUAUGGACACUCUUAACCAUGAUCAAAUUACUAAUGACUCGGACAGUAGCUAUGACAACAUAAUUAGCGAAGCGCCCUUUUCAAUGGGGUCCGAACUAAUGACCUCUGAUAACGAUAGCGGUGGCGAUGAUACUGGUAACGAGUCACCUGGUCAUUCUAGUAGUAAACAAUCACAAUUGUCAUCUACACAUUUACCCAUGAUCAAUAAUGUGGGCAAUAAUAGCGCCCAUAUUAAUCGUGUUAUAGUACGCGAAUGGGAAAUACGUCGAACCAGUAGACAGACAUCGACCGACCCGUUGGGAAACAGACACCCGUUAGCUGAUAAUGAGGGCAAAGGCAGUGCCGAUGAGAGAACAGUUGGCGACACUACCGGCGCUGUCGACAAGAAUGAAAAUUUCCCGCAGAAGUUCACGAAGAGUUCCGGCAAUCACUCGACACCGCAUUGA